AUGGCGUCCGAACAAGUCGAUGCUCCCAAGCCGGCAGAGGGCGCACCCGCGCAGGACCUUCCUGUCCGACAGGACAAGCCCAAGAAGGAGAAGGCGCCCAAAGCCAAGGGCAAGCCUGGAGUAGAGCUUGCUGAACUUCCCGAAUACAUCCAACACCGCCUCGACGUCUUCAACCGCAUCAAGGAGCGAGCCGACGCCGAGAUUGCAGCGAAGCCGCGCGAGGAGAUUACCAUCGCACUGCCCAAUGGCAAGGAGGAAAAGGGCACUGCUUGGGAGACUACCCCGGGAAGCAUUGCCAGGAACCUCUCCAAGUCCUUGUUCGAACGCACUGUCAUCUCCACUGUUGACGGCGAACUCUGGGACCUGACCAGGCCAUUGGAGAAGAGCUGCAAGUUGGAGCUGCUCGACUUUGAGCACCCUGAGGGCGUAGCUAAGAAGGUUUUCUGGCACUCGUCGGCUCACGUUCUCGGUGAGGCCUGCGAGAGGCGCUUCGGGUGCUACCUCUGCAAUGGUCCUCCCACCACGGAGCCCCCUGGCUUCUACUACGACAUGGCGAACAUGGGAGACAAAGUUGUUGCCGACGAAGACAAGAAGGCCCUGGAGACCAUUGCCAACUCCAUCGUCAAAGACAAGCAACCUUUCGAGCGCCUCGAGAUGACCAAGGACGAGCUCCUCGAGAUGUUCAAGUACAGCAAAUACAAGGAGUACUUCAUCAACCAGCGUGUUCCCGACGGCACCAAGAGCACUGUAUAUCGCUGCGGUCCCCUGAUCGAUUUGUGCCGUGGUCCCCACGUGCCCACCACUGGCAACAUCAAGGCCUUCUCUGUCCUCAAAAACUCGGCUGCGUACUGGCUCGGAAACAGCGACAAUGAGUCUGUCCAACGUAUCUCUGGUAUCUCGUUCCCUGACAAGAAGGCGCUCGAGGAGUACAAGACGUUCCUCGCUGAGGCCGCGAAGCGCAAUCACCGCAAGAUUGGACAAGACCAGAAGCUCUUCUUCUUCGAUGAGAUGUCGCCUGGCUCUACAUUCUGGUUGCCCCACGGCACCCGUAUCUACAACACUCUGCUCAAGCUCAUGCAAGAGCAAUACGCGAAACGGGGCUUCCAGGAGGUCAUGUCGCCCAACAUGUACAAGUCAGACCUCUGGAAGACCUCGGGCCACUGGGGCCACUAUGCCGAGAACAUGUUCACUUUCGAAGUCGAGAAGGAGACCUACGGCCUGAAGCCCAUGAACUGCCCCGGUCACUGCAGGAUCUUUGCGCACUCCGAUAUCACAUACAAGGACCUGCCGUGGCGCAUGGCCGACUUUGGUGUCUUGCACCGCAACGAGUUCUCCGGAGCUCUGUCGGGUCUGACCCGUGUGCGUCGUUUCCAGCAGGACGACGCUCACAUCUUCUGCACAGUGGAGCAGAUUCGCCAAGAGAUCGGGGGCGCUUUCGACUUUCUGUACGCAGUCUAUGGCCUCUUUGGCUUCGAGUUCAAGCUGAAGCUCUCCACUCGCCCAGAGAAGUACAUUGGCGACAUUGGAGUCUGGAACAUGGCCGAGGAUAAGCUGCGACAGGCUCUAGAUACAUUCGUGGAGAAGAUUGGCAGCAAGUGGGAAGAGAACCCUGGUGACGGUGCCUUCUAUGGCCCCAAGAUUGACAUUACAGUGUACGAUGCGCUGAAGCGCGAGUUCCAGUGCGGUACCAUCCAGCUCGACUUCAACCUCCCCAACCGGUUCAAGCUCCGUUACCUUGCUUCCAAGGAUGAGGUGCUGCCCGAAAGCGCAGCCAAGGACCCGGAACUGCCCGCGGGAUACGGUCGUCCAGUGAUGAUUCACCGUGCGGUCCUGGGUUCCUUUGAGCGCAUGAUUGGCAUCCUGACAGAGCACUUUGCCGGCAAGUGGCCAUUCUGGCUGAGCCCCCGCCAGGUCAUGGUCGUCCCCGUCAUGCCAAAGAUGAACGACUAUGCGUUGGAGGUGCAGAAGAUCUUCAGCGACAAGGGCAUCUUCAUCGACGCCGACACAAGCGCCAACACGCUGCAGAAGAAGAUCCGCACAGCACAGCUGGAGCAGUACAACUACAUCUUUGUCGUCGGCGCAGAAGAGGAGAAUGCCCGCACAGUCAACAUUCGCAACCGUGACGACCAAGCCACUCAGAAGCUAGGCGAGAUGAUUGCCAUUCAAGAUGCUCUUGAUGGAAUGCUGAAGCUCAAGGAGGAGAGGCGUCUGGAGAACAAAUUCUAA